AUGCACGCAAGACUCUUGGGCUCCUUAGCCCUGGCUGGGCUUGCCCAGACCGUAACUGCAGCUGUUGCAACCAAAGCUUACACGGACUCCAACACCGGCAUCGAAUUCCAGACAUAUUCCGAUGCUACCACUGGCUAUAGCUUCGGUAUGGCGAUCCCUGAGGAUGCCACCACCGACUUCAUUGGUCAGAUGGUGUUCCCUCUUACCGACGGCGCAGGUUGGGGAGCUGCCGCCUUUGGACCAGGAAUGACUGGCAGACUUCUCCUCGUGGCAUGGCCCAACGGUGACGAAGUUGUGUCUAGCUUCCGAUACACGAGUGCAUACUCCACCCCGGACGUUUACUCUAACUCGACGCUCUCAGCCCUGCCCAUCGCCAACGGUACCUUCAUCAACAGUACACACGUGUCUUAUACAUUCCUUUGCCAGGGCUGUGCCGUCGGCGAUUCUACAACCUUCAGCUUCUCCGAUGGAACUGGCGCGCUUGGCUAUGCAGUCUCAAGCUCAAACCCCACGACACCAUCGGACUCUGCCACUGCUCUUGUUUACCAUGAUCUUGGUGCCAACAUCUACGUGGCAAACUUCACGGCUUCUAUAAACGCCCAAUACUCCACCUGGGCUUCGUGGGCUUCUGCUACCACCACAACUCCCUCGACUGGCGGUUCCUCCAACUCGACAAUUCCCUCGACUGGCACCGGCUCGAACAGCACUGUCUCUACUCCUACCACUCUCAACACCACAUAUGAUGUCAUCGUAGUUGGCGGAGGUACUGCAGGUAUCAUCGCGGCUGAGCGUCUGGCUGAAGCCGGAGUGAGUGUGUUACUUCUUGAGCGUGGUCCUGCCAACACCGUUGCCCUCGGCUCCAGUCAAAAACUUUCAUGGAACUCGACCCUUACCCCUUACGACGUUCCUGCCCUUGGCAGCAGCUUGUCUACCAUCUCCGGAACUAAGUUCUGCUCCGAUACUGCCUCAACAGCCGGCUGUCUGCUUGGUGGUUCUAGUUCUAUCAACGGUCUGAACUUUAUCCGCCCUGCCGCCCAUGACUUUGAGCGUUGGCCUACGGGUUGGGAAUGGAACUCUAUUUCAGAUGCGGCUGACCGCCUGUAUUCUCGUAACCCUGGUACCACACAACCUUCCGCUGAUGGCAAGCACUACAAUGACAUUGCUUACACCACUUUGUCUGCCUACCUUGGCAAGUCAGGGUAUAGCGAGGUCGACUCGAUUGAGAGCCCCAACGAAAAGCACGCCGUUUUCUCUCGUCCCGCUUGGAGUAUCUCAAACCAUCUUCGUGCUGGCCCUGCUAGGACCUACAUGCCUUUCGCCGAGCAGUUGAACAACUUUAACCUCAAACUCGAGACUAGCGUCAUCCAGGUACUUCGUACAGGCAGCACCGUCACCGGUGUCCUGACCCAGGCGACCGAUGGCUCCACUCAGAUCAUCAACCUCAACAAGAACGGUAAGGUCGUCCUUGCUGCGGGUGCCUUAUCUACCCCUCGCGUACUUUGGAACUCUGGCAUCGGCCGCUCUGAUGCCCUGAGCAUUGUUAAAGGUGGCACAUCCGGUGUCUCACUUCCCGCUUCGUCUGAGUGGAUCGACCUUCCUGUCGGCCACAACUUGAUGGAUCAUGCCCAGGUCCCCCUGCAGUUCACUGCCAACCCAACUUUCACUGCGUUCGACUUCUCUGGUCUUGCUGCCUCGCCCGAGGAGACUGAUCUGGAUCUUUACGAAGAAGGUUCCGGUACCAUCACUCAAGCUGCUCAGCGCAUGCACUUGUGGACAUCUAUCAAUGGAACUGAUGGUGUUACCCGCUACCUCCAGGGUACUGUGAGUGCCAUGAAAGAUAACACUGUUACCGUGAAGGCCUUCCUUACACACGGUUCUACCAGCCGUGGCGAGCUCGGAAUUUCGGCCUCUGGUAACACUGUUCUCAACACUAAGCCUUGGUUGCAAACCGAUGAGGACCUGGCUGUCUACUCUGAUUUCAUCCAGUCCUUCUUGGAUAUGACAUCCAGUAACUCCACUACCGGCCUUAGCAACAGCAGUUACAGCCUGAGCUACGCAACAUCUGGUGCCACACCAUCCAGCAUCAUUACGUCGUCCCUUGUCUCCGGCGAUCACUGGGUUGGAAGCACCCGAAUGGGCACUGACGAUGGUCGUGAGAACAACGGUACUUCCGUCGUUGACACUGAUACCAAGGUCUACGGAACCGACAACUUGUUCGUCGUAGACGCCUCUAUUCACCCCGAUCUACCCACUGGUAACACCCAAGCCAUCAUCAUGGUUGUCGCCGAGCAGGCCGCCGCUAAGAUCGCCGCAUAUGAGGUCACCAACUGGAGUGGAAGCACUGGCUCCAACACGACGACCACUGUUCCCAGCACUGGCACAGGUAGCACUUCCAAGUGCUCUCGCAGACGCAGACGCUCGGCCGCUCGCCAACAGCUGAAAUUACACUCUUAA